AUGUCGGACCAGAUGAAUACCUAUCCAUCUAAUUCGCCAUGCGAAGCCAACGGUGGAACAAGACAUGUAGAGAAUGGCAUGCGAUCUCCUCGUAUUAUUGACCUGAGAGGCAGCGACUCAUCGAACAGCUCAACCGAGCUUUCGUUACACCGCGAAAUUGUCGAGGGUCUCAACAGGCGAACGCUUUUGGUUCCCGGUCCAGCGCCGGAUGAUCGCUCUUUUGCUUACUCCAAAGUUAUACCCACCGAUGAUAACCUUGGCUUGGACAUUUAUGAUCAAAUCACGGCAGUUGAGGACUAUUAUCCUUUUGCCACCGAGUUAGCAAUCCUCCGGGCCAAGGGCCAUGAGAUCGCGUGUCGCCUCGGUGGAAUGCCCACUUCUUCAACGCCCAAUCGUGGAGAAAGCCCCGUAACAAAAGAUUCAGAUCAACGGAAAUUGAUUAAUCAGGUGCAUGUGGACGGGUUUGCUCACCCUGAGCUGGCAGAUUAUGAAGACUUCUCGUCCUCUCCGGCGAACGCCACCGGUUUCUCCCUUACAACGAUCGAGUUGGGUGCAGGUUCUUUAAAAAAAACCUCACAUCUAUUGGAGAAUGUGGCUCGACUCCUGCGAGCUCGUGGGGCAGAUCAAACGGUGCCACAUUUGUCGCAAGCAGAAUAUUAUGCACUCGAUCUGGAGAUGGAACAAUUAAACUCGACUCUAUCGGCGAUCCAACUGCAGGAAGAUAGUGGAGUGGGACCUGAGGUCGGGAAUCAGGUUCAAGGUCAUGGUAUCUGCGGGACUUACACCCAAGGCCUGGAUUGGAUUUACAAGUCGUUGACUACGACCAGUCACGCGAAAACCGCCGAGCUUGGGAAAACCGAAUGUCGCAAAGCGAUUCUUUGGUUAGGAUCCUCGAUCGGCAACUUUUCUCCUGCAGAAGCCGUUGAGUUUUUGAGAGAUGAACUCGGUCGAGCACUGGAUCGUGACAGUCGAGCGCUGAUCGGUAUCGACAAUUGCCAGCUGGCAGAGAAGGUCCGGCUAGCCUAUGAUGAUCGGCAAGGAGUCACCAAAAAAUUCAUCCUGAAUGCGGUCGCAGUCGUCGCUCGCCAUCUCGGUCUACCGGAAUCUGUCUUGAGCCCUAAAGAUUUCAACUAUGUAUCGCGAUACAACGUGGGAAUGAAUCGGAACGAAGCCUAUUUGCGGGCUAAGCGCGACAUUAGUUUCAAAGUCGCGCCCGUCGAUGGAAUUGGCAGCAAAGUUCAAGCUACUUCCACCCGAAUCAAGGCGGGCGAAUUGAUCUUGAUCGAAAGGUCGUACAAGUUCUCACCAGACGACGCAUAUCGAUUGUUUGAUCAAGCGGGUCUGCGAGUCAUUCAGAAAUGGAGUGAUUCCCCUGAUCAAGUUGCCCCGACACACACCCUCUACCUCAUAGAACGCGCCGCUUUCCACUUUGUCCGCACGCCGCCAUGGGCUUCAACGGAAGACCAUCCACUUUCUUCGGCUGAACUGCCAGUAAUCCAGAAGGAAGACUCGUCCGGAUGGCAGUCUCUCCGACAGAUAUGGGCCAAAAACUCAAAACAUUCCUUGCCAGUUCGGAUAUCGGAUACACAUCAGCUCACACCCGCAAGCAAGCCUCCUAAUCCUCAGGGAGGCAAUGUGUCGAUAGGGUCCGAGCCAUCCAAAGGGGAAUUUGGCCCGACAAAUAGUGGGGGAUUGCCUUCGAUGUCAGACUGGAUCACAUUAUGGAAAGCAUGGGACACCGUAACGAUAGGAAUGAUUCCUAAAGAUAUGUUGCAUCAAAAACCCAUCGACUUGCGACAUGCUUGCUUGUUUUACCUGGGACACAUACCUGUGUUUGCAGACAUUCAUCUUAGUCGAUACUUCGACGCAGCAACGACGGAACCUCACUGGUUUGCUCAGAUUUUCGAACGCGGAAUCGAUCCCAACUUGGAAGAUCCAAGCAAAUGCAAUGAGCAUUCCCCGUUCCCCGACCAGGAAAGUGAAUGGCCAUCCCUCGAAGAAGUGCUUCGAUUCAGAGAUAAAUUGCGAACGAGGCUCACCGGAGUUUAUGACGGACUCGGGAAAGAACCGGGGAGGAAGAUUCGACUGACAAGGAAACUGGGCAGGGUUUUGUCGAUGAUAUACGAGCACGAGGCAAUGCAUCUCGAGACACUGCUUUACAUGUUACAACAGACUCAUUUUGUCAAUCAUCCACCUGAGUUCACACCACCUGAUUGGGACUCUUUGGCUCGUGAAUGGGAUUCCGCAGUAGAAGUAGAAGCUCAGAGUAGGGAGGCCGGUCUGAUUGAGUACUCCACUCUGCAAAUACUCACUGUUGGACAUGAUGACUUGGAACAAGAUGAUUCUUCCAAACCCUUUUCGGAAGUUCACGAGUAUGGAUGGGAUAACGAAAGUCCAUCGAGGAAGGUGGAGGUUAAGCCUUUCAAGCUCGAAGCAACAACCAUCACCAACCAGGAAUACCUCGAAUUCGUGCUCCAAGGCCUUUCUGACUCCGAGCCCAUCCCUCAUCAUGCGAUUCCUGAAUCUUGGGGUUAUAUAUUCGACUCUAGCGAUCAGGAAUCGAAGAGACAUCAAGUCAAGAUCAAGACAAUUUAUGGUCGAAUCCAUUUCAACUUUGCGAAGCACUGGCCAGUGCAAGCAUCGGGAAGCCAGUUAGAGAGUUUCGCGAAGUGGAAAGGCGGUCGGUUGCCCACUGCUGAUGAGCUCAGGUUGUACCUUUUCGACAACCCGAUCAGCCUGUCAGCCCAAAAUCCAAUCGGAUUCCUCAACUGGCAUCCCCUACCACCUCAGAGGCCCCGGAAAGGAAUAGAUGGACGCUGGCGAGGAGGCUGGAACGGCGGAGUUUGGGAAUGGACUUCUACUACCUUUGGACCUCACCCGAACUUCAAACCUAGUGAAUUAUAUCCCGGUUAUUCGAAAGACUUCUUUGAUGGAGAGCACAAUAUCCUAUUGGGUGGUUCUUGGGCAACGAUCCCACGAAUCGCACAUCGACAAAGCUUUGUAAACUGGUAUCAAUUCAAGUAUCCAUAUGUUUUUGCCGGUGGUCGAGUUGCCUACGACUACUGA